AGCUGCCCCUGCACAAGCGCAGAUGCUGCAAAGAUGGCGGCUGCGGCGGCUGCACGAGCAGUUCCUGUGAGCCCUACGCUUCGGGGCCUGAAACGGACAUUGCCUCUUGUAGUGAUUCUCGGGGCUACCGGCACUGGCAAGUCCACCUUGGCGUUGCAGCUAGGCCAGAGGCUGGGUGGCGAGAUCGUCAGCGCCGACUCCAUGCAGGUGUAUAAAGGACUAGACAUCAUCACCAACAAGGUUUCUGCCCAAGAGCGAAGAAUCUGCCAGCACCAUAUGAUCAGCUUUGUGGAUCCUCUUGUGACCAAUUACACAGUGGUGGACUUCAGGAACAAGGCAACGGCUUUGAUUGAAGAUAUAUUUGCUCGAGGCAAAAUUCCUAUUGUUGUGGGAGGAACCAAUUAUUAUGUUGAAUCUCUGCUAUGGAAAGUUCUUGUCAAUACUAAGUCCCCUAAGGUGGAUACUGAGCAAGUGGUUGACCAGAAAGUAGAGCUGGAAAAGGAGGACAGCCAUGUGCUGCACAGCCGCCUACGCCAGGUAGACCCAGAAAUGGCAGCCAAGCUGCACCCACACGACAAGCGCAAAGUAGCCAGGAGCUUACAAGUGUUUGAAGAAACUGGAGUCUCUCACAGUGAAUUUCUUCAUCGUCAACAUUCAGAGGAAGGUGGCAGUCCACUUGGUGGCCCUCUGAAGUUUCCCAAUCCUUGCAUCCUCUGGCUGCAUGCUGACCAGACAGUUUUAGAUGAGCGCUUGGAUAAGAGAGUGGAUGACAUGCUUGCUGCUGGGCUCUUGGAAGAACUAAGAGAUUUUCACAGACGCUAUAAUCAGAGGAACUCUUCAGAAAAUAGCCAGGACUAUCAACAUGGUAUCUUCCAGUCAAUUGGCUUCAAGGAAUUUCACGAGUACCUGAUCACUGAGGGAAAAUGCACACCAGAGACUAGUACCCAGCUUCUAAAGAAAGGUAUCGAAGCUCUGAAACAAGUAACUAAGAGAUAUGCUCGGAAGCAAAACCGAUGGGUUAAAAACCGUUUCCUGAGCAGACCCGGUCCGAGGGCCCCUCCAGUAUAUGGCUUGGAGGUGUCUGACAUCUCGAAGUGGGAAGACUCUGUUUUUGAACCUGCCCUUGAUAUCGUGCAAAGUUUCAUCGAGGGCCACGAGCCUGCAGCAACUCCAGUAAGGAUACCAUACAAUGAGACUGAGAACAAGCGAAGUUACCAUGUGUGUGACCUCUGUGAUCGCAUCAUCAUUGGGGACCGAGAAUGGGCAGCACAUGUAAAAUCCAAAUCCCACUUACACCAGCUGAAGAAAAGAAGACUAGCCUCAGAUGCUGUCAGUACCACAAAAAGCCAGACUACUGCUUCAGACUGUGAUAUCGAACCUAAAGAACAUGGGUCUCCAGGACAGAAUGACCCAGACCUGAAGCGCAGCACUUAGGAGACCUCUGUGGGGACCUCUGUAGAGGCCUAGGACUCAGCAGAAUGGAGCAAGCAAUGUCUUGUCUGUCUGUCUCCCUGUGUGGGCUGAGUGCUGUGUAGGAAGCCCUGCAUUGUCUGCUUUUGUUUUAAUUUGAUAGUGAAGCUGGAGGGAUAGCUCAGCAGCAUAAGUGCCUCCCUUGUAAGUGC